GGUCAUCAAAACUACAACCGAUGGGAGAAGCAUCCCAUUCUGCAAAAACAUCCUAUACAUUCAAAGAAAGUCUCCUACAAAUGCGUGUAGAGCAGAAUUGGGAUUCCACUGGUGAUAGAUACCCAAAAAAAAGACACUAAACUUUCUUAUGCACCUCAGAUCAAAUCCCCAAGACUCCCUCCAGUCAGGGGGGAAAAGUUCAUGACUGACAGGGGCCCCAAAAAUAGUAAACAUCCAUAUGGACCGACCACCUGCCUGCAUCUGCAUGAAAUGGCCUGGUCCUGCCUUAGCACGCUUAGCCUAUCAGUGAGGUGCCUAGUAAACCAAAAUCUGGUUUUCAAAAAAGGAAAGAGAGAAAAGAGAGAGAGAGGAAAGACAAAGGAAAGGAUGUCAAUCUGUAACCCAGUUUGGAAACAGCUAUAACGCACGACUUUGAUAUACCUGUUUGGUGAGUUUGGUGAAAAGAAAAAAAUACCUGACAAAAAACAAGGUAGGCCUACAGACGGUGCUGCAUCAGACGCGCUUGCUGCUUCGUGCUCUCAAGUUCUCUCAAAAGACAGGAGUGAUGUUUCGCUGGGUCUUGUUUGCUUUGUUCUUUGGUAUCUGUGCCAGUGCCGGAGAACAGAAAAGAAAGAAGGCAAAUCCUCAGUCCUUGUCAAGAGGAUGGGGGGACAGAAUUAGUUGGGUCAAAAGUUAUGAGGAGGGCCUGUCAAAGAUGGUCGAAAGUAAGAAGCCUCUGAUGGUCAUCCAUCAUCGAGACAACUGCCCGCACAGUCAAGUGCUGAAGAAGGCAUUUACUGCUGACAAGUCCAUCCAGAAAAUGGCCAAAGAGGAUUUCAUCAUGCUCAACUUGGUGGAGGAAACUACGGACAAGAAUCUGGCCGUUGAUGGCUACUACAUUCCCAGAAUCCUUUUUGUUGAUCCAUCCAAGACUGUGCGCACAGAUAUAGCAGGAAAGUACAGCAACUACCGCUACACCUACAAGCCUGGUGACAUGGCACAUUUGGCCGAAAACAUGAAGAAAGCCAAAAUGUUGUUGCACACUGAACUCUAAGAUGGCUCAAGCUGACAUCAGACUUCUCUCCACCCUCCAGUCAUGCUGGGCAACCUGCUCAGUGGUCAGCCCUGAAAUGUUUACAUGCU